AUGAAAUCUUUGGAAAGCUCUGAUAUGUAUACGGUGGGAUGGAUCUCAGCUCUACCCAUCGAGCGUGCCGCAGCGAUUGCGAUGCUUGAUGAGCGCCAUGAUAAGCCCUGCGGCUUCGUCCAGCACCAAGCUGAUUCAAACUCAUAUAGCUGGGGUAGAAUGGGCGAGCACAAUGUGGUGAUUGCCUCACUUCCUGCGGGUUUAUAUGGCACUACUUCUGCGGCGACAACUGCGUCGAGCCUACUCUCCUCACUCCCGAAUAUUAGAAUCAGUCUGUUAGUGGGGAUUGGCGGCGGCAUCGCGAGGCCGGAGCAAGGUCGUGAUAUCCGGCUCGGGGAUAUCGUCGUGAGUGAGCCGCGGGGAACAACCGGGGGGUUAUUACAGUACGAUCUGGGCAAGGCACUGUCUAAUCAGAGAUGGGAGCGGAAAGGCUUUCUUAGCCUGCCUCCACGAGUCCUUCUUCACGCUCUCGCAAGUCUCCAAGCGGAGCACGAGUUGGGGGAAUCGAGAGUCCCCGAAUUCCUGACCGCCGCAGAAAAACUGAAAAAGGGCGCCAAUUGGUACUCCUAUCAAGGCUUCGAACAUGACCGACUGUUCAGAUCCUCCUACGGUCAUAAAGGAGGGCAUGACUGCCAUGAUUGCGAGGAGAUGCAGACGGUAGAUCGUGCGGAGCGUGAGACUACUGAUCCGGAAGUUCACUAUGGUAUCAUUGCGUCUGGCAAUACGCUGGUCAAGGAUGCUAUAUCACGAGACAGGAUGUUUGAGGAGAUCGGCGAGGAGUGUAUCUGCCUCGAGAUGGAAGCUGCUGGCUUGAUGAAUCACUUUCCCUGCCUCGUUAUUAGGGGUGUUAGUGAUUACGCAGAUUCGCAUAAGAAUGAUCGGUGGCAGCGCUAUGCUUCUGCUACGGCUGCGGCAUAUGGGAAGGAGCUUCUUAGUUAUGUGCCGACUGCAGAGCUACAAGAGACGCGAACGGCUCUAGAGGUGCUCAGCUCCGAUAUCCAGCAGAUUCAUGCUAUAGUCAGUGUAACCAAAACGGCGGUGGAAAGCCUGGAGUCAAAUCGUCACCUCGACCAGAUUAGAACGUGGCUCUCGGCCCCUGAUACUUCAACCAACUUGAAUGAGGCGCAAAAGAAGCGACAGGCAGGGACUGGACUCUGGUUUCUCGAAAGUGCCUCGUUCCAGGAAUGGUAUGUGGGAACACGUCAGACCCUCUGGCUAUAUGGGAUUCCAGGGUGCGGGAAAACGGUUCUUAGCGCCAGCAUUAUCGAUUACCUGAAUCAGCAGCUCCAUUCCACAGGCGUUAUCCUGGAGUUUUUCUUUGACUUCACAGAUACGAAGAAGCAGACACUUGAUCAGCUUGUUCGGUCACUCAUCGGUCAACUAUAUUUAAGAUCCAAGGACACCCGAAAAGAACUAGAUCGAGUCAUUAAGGCGUACAAAAAUAGCGACCGGCAACCAACUUGCGAGUCACUUUCUACUGCGUUUCAGCAACUGCUGAGCCACGUUCAGAAGGGGAUGGUUUCGAUCCGCCCUGGCUCUGUAAACACUGAUAUUCGCCUAUAUGUCCAUGAACAACUGCGAAAUGGUCGAGAUUUUGCGAGGUGGUGUUCGAAACCGACAGUGCUGGACGAAAUUGAGACUGGAAUUAUGCAGAGAGCGGAUGGAAUGUUUCGAUUAGCCGUGUGCCAACUGGAUAAUCUGCAGAAGCACCUUGAUCUUCCGAGGCUUCGCAAGUCGCUUCAACUUCUUCCUAGGACAUUAGAAGAGAUGUAUGCUCGCAUAUUGAACGGUAUCGACGAAGACUAUCGCGACUGUGCAAUCCGAAUCCUGCAAUUUCUCACUUAUUCGGAGCCGCCGUUAACAAUUGAAGAGGCCGUGGAUAUUGUUGCUAUCGAUCCUAGCGGACACCCUGUCUUUGAUCCCACAUUUCGAAUGCCAGACCCCCGAGAGAUUGGGAAAUUUUGUCCAAGUUUGGUCACACUCGUGGUCAGAGAGCAGCGUUAUCGGAAGAGCUGGACAGAACUUCAGUUAGCUCAUCUCUCUGUUCAGCAGUAUCUCAAAUCCGAUCGAAUUGUGUCCAGCUUUGACCCGAAGAGCAGUGAUGUCGGCAUGCUAUUCCAGAAUAGUUUGAAUUUGACUGUUGCAAGCGGAGAUAUCACGACAGUGUGUCUUCAAUACUUGUCGCAGCUCGAUACUCGAAAAUCGACUGGGGAGCUUGCGAAGGAAUACCCAUUCUUCGUAUACUCCGCUCGAUAUUGGAUGGGCCAUGCGAAAAUCUGUGAGACAGAAAAGCAUGUGCUGGACCGUAUUUUGAAGUUCUUCCUGGAGCAGGUUGAAGCGUACGAAGCCUGGGAGCAGGCCUUUUGCCUAGAUCCGUCUGUCCCACCCGUUUUCGAGCCUGGAUAUGAAAAGAUGCCCCCACUUUACUACGCAGCUUUAGCAGGUCUCCAACACACGGUCCAGCUGCUGUUGAAUAGGGAGGGUGAUCUAAAGGUGCAUGGUGAAGAUGCACUACAGGCUGCUUCUAUGGGCGGUUGUACAGAGGCUGUGCAGCUGCCAUUCAGGAAUGGCGCCGAUGUGAAUAUACAGGGCGGCCACUUUGGUAAUGCACUGCAGGCUGCUUCCGCGGGAGGGUAUACCGAGGUUAUGCAGCUGCUAUUAAGGAAUGGCGCCGAUGUGAAUAUACAGGGCGGCGAGUUUGAUAAUGCACUGCAGGCUGCUUCUCUUCGCGGUCACACAGAGGACGUGCAGCUGCUAUUAAGGAAUGGCGCCGAUGUGAAUAUACAGGGCGGCCACUUUGGUAAUGCACUACAGGGUGCUUCCUCGCGAGGCCACUUGGAGAUUGUGCAGCUGCUAUUCAGGAAUGGCGCAGAUAUGAAUAAACGGGGUGGCUUGUUUGAUACUGCACUGCAGGCUGCUUCCGCGGGAGGAUAUACCGAGGUUAUGCAGCUGCUAUUAAGGAAUGGCGCCGAUGUGAAUAUACAGGGCGGCUACUUUGGUAAUGCACUGCAGGCUGCUUCCGCGGGGGGAUAUACCGAGGUUAUGCAGCUGCUAUUAAGGAAUGGCGCCGAUGUAAAUAUACAGGGCGGCGAGUUUGGUAAUGCACUGCAGGCUGCUUCUCUUCGCGGUCACACAGAGGACGUGCAGCUGCUAUUAAGGAAUGGCGCCGAUGUGAAUAUACAGGGCGGCGAGUUUGGUAAUGCACUGCAGGCUGCUUCUCUUCGCGGUCACACAGAGGUUAUGCAGCUACUAUUGAGGAAUGGCGCCAAGAAUACUAGAUCUUUGGUUUAG